GAGACUGCGAUCCCGUGAGAGUGUGCGAGUGUGUUUGGUUUCGGAAGGGAGUGGAAAGCCCUCCGCGACACAGUGUCACUCAUAUAAUGUGACACAGGGAGGGGACAGGGGAGAGAGAGAGCGAGGGUUCGUAUCGGUUGUGGCUACAGAACACUGGGAAAAUGGCAAUGCACGCGCGCACCGUCGCCUAGGCUACCGUCGGUGCCGUUAUCUAGCCUUCUGAAUGAAGGGUUGAAGCUGAAGAUUCCCAAAGGUUUUCCUCCCGGAGAAAACAGAAACAAUAUUUGUUUGUUGUUUUCUCUCUCUCUCUCUCUCUCUGUGUGUCUCUCUCUCUUUCUCGCUCCUCCAUCCUUCUUUCAGGUCUCUGAGGAUGUGUCAGAACUGAGCUGUCUGUCAUUGAGAAGAAGCUGAUAUAUGAAAAUCAGAGCUGGUGUCAGAAGUUGACAAGACAGAGGACACGGAUAUCGAAAGACACAACGCUAAGACCAAUGUUAUGUCUGCCUAAAGUAACCUUACACAACGAAGCGGAUCGUAAAGACCGAGACCGGAAUCCUCAUCGCCACGAGACCUGCGGUGACCAGCGGAUCACAGGUGCAAAAGCACUCGUACACCGGAGAGAAACGAGACGUCGCUGGAGGAAUACGGUUUCAAGUGUGUUCUAAAACACAGAAGGAUCAUGUCACGCCUACAUCUCCACCUCUCCUCCCUCCGUUCCUCCUCUCUCUCCUCUGUCCUUCUCCUAGUCUUCCUCUCCUCCAUGCUCCUCCUGUCCCUCCCCAGCCCGGCCGUGGCCGGUUCCACUCCUCUAUCAGAGGGGGGUAACGUAAAGGCUAACUGCACGGCUACAGGAGACCCCUGUCAGGAAGGGGUGGUACUGCCCGUCUGGAACCCACAGAACCCCUCUGUAGGAGACAAGGUAGCGCGGGCCAUUGUCUACUUUGUAGCGAUGAUCUACAUGUUCCUGGGGAUGUCCAUCAUAGCUGAUAGAUUCAUGUCUUCUAUAGAGGUGAUAACCUCUCAGGAGAAGGAGAUCACCAUAAAGAAGUGGAACGGGGAGACAACCACAGCUACAGUGAGGAUCUGGAAUGAGACCGUGUCUAACCUCACUCUCAUGGCUCUGGGAUCAUCUGCUCCUGAGAUACUGCUCUCUGUUAUAGAGGUGUGUGGCCACGGCUUCGAGGCUGGUUCUCUGGGUCCCUCCACCAUUGUGGGCAGUGCUGCUUUUAACAUGUUCAUCAUCAUCGCCCUGUGUGUCUAUGUGGUUCCUGACGGAGAGACCAGGAAGAUUAAACAUCUCCGUGUGUUUUUCGUGACGGCGGCGUGGAGUGUGUUUGCAUACAUCUGGCUGUAUCUUAUCCUGUGUGUGUUCUCUCCUGGAGAGGUGGAGGUCUGGGAGGCCGUGGUCACCUUUCUGUUCUUCCCCCUCUGCGUGGUCCAGGCGUGGGUGGCCGAUCGACGAUUGCUCUUCUACAAGUACGUCCGCAAGCGUUACCGUGCCGACAAGCACAGAGGCAUCAUCGUUGAGACGGAGGUAGGGAUGGACGGAGGGAUGGGUGGAGGAGGAGGAGGAGGAGGAGGAGGAGGGAUGGGUGGGUUCACUAAGAUGGACAUGAUGGAGCUGGACGGACAGGUGGUGGAGGGAUGGAGGGAUGGAGGGAUGCUGGAGGACGGAGGACAAGAAGGGAGGAGGGAUCUGGAGGACGUGGCCAGGAGAGACAUGGCGAGGACCCUGAAGGAGCUGAAAGCCAGACACCCUGACAGAGACACAGAGCAGCUUAUAGAGAUGGCCAACUACCAGGUGUUGGUCCAGCAACAGAAGAGCCGAGCGUUCUACCGUAUCCAGGCAACCAGGAUGAUGAUCGGAGCAGGCAACAUCCUGAAGAAGCAUGCUGCUGACCAGGCUAGGAAGGUGGUGAGCAGCCAGGAGCCCCAGCUGCAGGAAGACGACCCCCACACGACCCGGAUGGAGUUUCAACCCUCCCACUACCAGUGCUUCGAGAACUGUGGCUCACUCAAACUGACCGUGGCCCGACAUGGAGGAGACCCUGGAGCUUCUGUUAAGGUGGACUACCGUACAGAAGACGGCACAGCCAACGCCGGUUCAGACUAUGAAUUCGCUGAAGGGACCCUCCUCUUCAAGCCGGGCGAGACCCUGAAAGAGAUAACUGUGGGCAUCAUAGACGACGACAUCUUCGAAGAGGAUGAGCACUUCUAUGUCCACCUCAGUAACCCUCGUGUGGUUGGCUACGACCCGUUGGAGACAAAUUCUAACUCCUCCCCCAAGGCGGUUCUCGGUGACGGCCACACGGCGACGGUGACCAUCUACGACGACGAUCACGCGGGGAUAUUUUCGUUUGAGAUCGACGCCCUGCGGGUGAGCGAGAGUGUUGGGGUCAUGGAGGUCAAGGUUCAGAGGACGUCGGGGGCUCGGGGGCUGGUGGUGGUGCCUUACAGGACCGUAGACGGGACAGCCCGGGGUGGAGAGGAUUUCGAAGAGGUGUCUGGGAAUCUGGAGUUCCAGAACGACGAGACGAUGAAGAUAAUUGAGGUGAAGAUUAUUGAUGAUGAGCUUUAUGAAAAGAACAAGACCUUCACAAUGGAGCUGGGGGAACCACUACUUCUGGAUGCUGGCCAAAAACACGGCGACUCCAAUGAGAACAAGCCGACGGAUGACGAGGUGGCCAAGAUGGGCUGUCCCAGUCUGGGAGAAAACACACGGAUAGAGGUGGUCAUCGAAGAGUCUUACGAGUUCAAGAACACAGUAGAUAAGCUGAUCAAGAAGACUAAUCUUGCGUUGGUGGUGGGAAGCUGCAGCUGGAGAGAGCAGUUUGUCUCUGCCGUCACUGUCAGCGCAGGUGAUGAUGAUGAUGAGGAGAGUGGUGAAGAGCGUCUCCCGUCCUGUUUUGACUACAUCAUGCACUUCCUCACCGUCUUCUGGAAAGUUCUGUUUGCCUUUGUCCCUCCGACAGAGUACUGGAAUGGCUGGGCCUGCUUCAUCGUCUCCAUCAGUCUCAUCGGAGUUCUGACGGCUGUAACAGGAGACCUGGCCUCUGCCUUCGGCUGCACUGUGGGUCUGAAGGACUCUGUCACUGCCGUGGUGUUUGUAGCACUAGGGACCUCUGUACCAGACACCUUUGCCAGUAAGGUGGCCGCCAUCCAGGACCAGUACGCCGACGCCUCCAUCGGCAACGUAACCGGUAGCAACGCCGUGAACGUCUUCCUUGGGAUCGGAGUGGCGUGGACCAUCGCCGCCGUGUUCUGGCGCUCCAAAGGCCAGGUGUUUCGUGUCGACCCGGGCUCGCUGGCGUUCUCCGUCACGCUCUUCACGGUGAUGGCGUGCAUAUGCGUGAUGAUCCUCCUCUACCGACGGCGGGCGUCAGUGGCAGGCGGGGAGCUCGGAGGGCCGAGGACUACCAAGAUCAUCACAUCACUGGUCUUCUUCUUCAUGUGGCUAAUCUAUAUAUUGCUGUCAUCACUGGAGGCAUACUGUCACAUACCUGGGUUCUAGAGAGAGAGAGAGAGAGAGAGAGAGAGAGAUGGAGGGGCGAGGGAAGAGCGGAAGAGAGAAGGAUGGAGGGAUGGGUUGGGGGAGACAGAGAGGAGGAAUAGACACAGGGAGGGAACAAAAGGAAACCCACUCGGCAAAAACUGGUUGAAUCAACAUUGUUUCCACGUUGUUUCAACAACAACAAAAAUGAAGCGUAAUGACGUUUAUUCAACGUGGGAAACGGAUUGGAUUUGCAACUUAAAUCCAAUGUCACGGGGACAUUUUUUUGUCAGCCAAAUGUAAAUGAAAAGUAGAUGUUGAAUUGACGUCUGCGCCAGUGGGAAGGGAGGCAGGCAGAGAGGACAUGUUGGAAAGAGCAUUCUCCCUUUCCCCCUUCUAACACUAGAGUCAGUAUUCUCCCUUUCCCCCUUCUAACACUAGAGUCAGUAGUCUCCCUUUCCCCCUUCUAACACUAGAGUCAGUAUUCUCCCUUUCCCCCUUCUAACACUAGAAUCAGUAUUCUCCAUCUAACACUAGAGUCAGUAUUCUCCAUCUAACACUAGAGUCAGUAUUCUCCAUCUAACACUAGAGUCAGUAUUCUCCAUCUAACACUAGAGUCAGUAUUCUCCAUCUAACACUAGAGUCAGUAUUCUCCCAUCUAACACUAGAGUCAGUAUUCUCCCAUCUAACACUAGAGUCAGUAUUCUCCAUCUAACACUAGAGUCAGUAUUCUCCUUCUAACACUAGAGUCAGUAUUUUCCCUUCUAACACUAGAGUCAGUAUUAUCCCAUCUAACACUAGAGUCAGUAUUCUCUCAUCUAACACUAGAGUCAGUAUUCUCCAUCUAACACUAGAGUCAGUAUUCUCUCUUUCUCCCAUCUAACACUAGAGUCAGUAUUCUCCAUCUAACACUAGAGUCAGUAUUCUCCAUCUAACACUAGAGUCAGUAUUCUCCAUCUAACACUAGAGUCAGUAUUCUCCAUCUAACACUAGAGUCAGUAUUCUCCUUCUAACACUAGAGUCAGUAUUCUCCUUCUAACACUAGAGUCAGUAUUCUCCAUCUAACACUAGAGUCAGUAUUCUCCCAUCUAACACUAGAGUCAGUAUUCUCUCAUCUAACACUAGAGUCAGUAUUCUCCUUCUAACACUAGAGUCAGUAUUCUCCCAUCUAACACUAGAGUCAGUAUUCUCCCAUCUAACACUAGAGUCAGUAUUCUCCAUCUAACACUAGAGUCAGUAUUCUCCAUCUAACACUAGAGUCAGUAUUCUCCAUCUAACACUAGAGUCAGUAUUCUCCAUCUAACACUAGAGUCAGUAUUCUCCAUCUAACACUAGAGUCAGUAUUCUCCAUCUAACACUAGAGUCAGUAUUCUCCAUCUAACACUAGAGUCAGUAUUCUCCAUCUAACACUAGAGUCAGUAUUCUCCCAUCUAACACUAGAGUCAGUAUUCUCCAUCUAACACUAGAGUCAGUAUUCUCUCUUUCUCCCAUCUAACACUAGAGUCAGUAUUCUCCAUCUAACACUAGAGUCAGUAUUCUCCCAUCUAACACUAGAGUCAGUAUUCUCCAUCUAACACUAGAGUCAGUAUUCUCCAUCUAACACUAGAGUCAGUAUUCUCCAUCUAACACUAGAGUCAGUAUUCUCCCAUCUAACACUAGAGUCAGUAUUUUCCCAUCUAACACUAGAGUCAGUAUUCUCCAUCUAACACUAGAGUCAGUAUUCUCCAUCUAACACUAGAGUCAGUAUUCUCCCAUCUAACACUAGAGUCAGUAUUCUCCAUCUAACACUAGAGUCAGUAUUCUCCAUCUAACACUAGAGUCAGUAUUCUCCAUCUAACACUAGAGUCAGUAUUCUCCAUCUAACACUAGAGUCAGUAUUCUCCAUCUAACACUAGAGUCAGUAUUCUCCAUCUAACACUAGAGUCAGUAUUCUCCCAUCUAACACUAGAGUCAGUAUUCUCCAUCUAACACUAGAGUCAGUAUUCUCCCAUCUAACACUAGAGUCAGUAUUCUCCAUCUAACACUAGAGUCAGUAUUCUCCAUCUAACACUAGAGUCAGUAUUCUCCCAUCUAACACUAGAGUCAGUAUUCUCCAUCUAACACUAGAGUCAGUAUUCUCCCAUCUAACACUAGAGUCAGUAUUCUCCCAUCUAACACUAGAGUCAGUAUUCUCCCAUCUAACACUAGAGUCAGUAUUCUCCCAUCUAACACUAGAGUCAGUAUUCUCCAUCUAACACUAGAGUCAGUAUUCUCCAUCUAACACUAGAGUCAGUAUUCUCCAUCUAACACUAGAGUCAGUAUUCUCCAUCUAACACUAGAGUCAGUAUUCUCGAUAUCAGUGAAAGCCUCUAAAAUCCCCUGCUGUUGUCGAACAGGUAGAGGUCAUAUCAGUGAAAGCCUCUAAUCCAACAGGUAGAGGUCAUAUCAGUGAAAGCCUCUAAUCCAACAGGUAGAGGUCAUAUCAGUGAAAGCCUCUAAUCCAACAGGUAGAGGUCAUAUCAGUGAAAGCCUCUAAUCCAACAGGCAGAGGUCAUAUCAGUGAAAGCCUCUAAUCCAACAGGUAGAGGUCAUAUCAGUGAAAGCCUCUAAUCCAACAGGUAGAGGUCAUAUCAGUGAAAGCCUCUAAUCCAACAGGUAGAGGUCAUAUCAGUGAAAGCCUCUAAUCCAACAGGUAGAGGUCAUAUCAGUGAAAGCCUCUAAUCCAACAGGUAGAGGUCAUAUCAGUGAAAGCCUCUAAUCCAACAGGCAGAGGUCAUAUCAGUGAAAGCCUCUAAUCCAACAGGCAGAGGUCAUAUCAGUGAAAGCCUCUAAUCCAACAGGUAGAGGUCAUAUCAGUGAAAGCCUCUAAUCCAACAGGUAGAGGUCAUAUCAGUGAAAGCCUCUAAUCCAACAGGCAGAGGUCAUAUCAGUGAAAGCCUCUAAUCCAACAGGUAGAGGUCAUAUCAGUGAAAGCCUCUAAUCCAACAGGUAGAGGUCAUAUCAGUGAAAGCCUCUAAUCCAACAGGUAGAGGUCAUAUCAGUGAAAGCCUCUAAUCCAACAGGCAGAGGUCAUAUCAGUGAAAGCCUCUAAUCCAACAGGUAGAGGUCAUAUCAGUGAAAGCCUCUAAUCCAACAGGUAGAGGUCAUAUCAGUGAAAGCCUCUAAUCCAACAGGUAGAGGUCAUAUCAGUGAAAGCCUCUAAUCCAACAGGUAGAGAUCAUAUCAGUGAAAGCCUCUAAUCCAACAGGUAGAGGUCAUAUCAGUGAAAGCCUCUAAUCCAACAAGUAGAGGUCAUAUCAGUGAAAGCCUCUAAUCCAACAGGUAGAGGUCAUAUCAGUGAAAGCCUCUAAUCCAACAGGUAGAGGUCAUCUCAGACAACUCUUUCUGCCCCCUGCUUUACGACCCUCCUCUCCUCCUCUCUCUCUUUCCUUCCCUCGCUCACUCCGCCCAGCCUUAUUCUCCAAUAGACUGUAAACGUCUUAAUAUUGUCUUAAAGUGAUAGGCUAGUAGAGGACGUUAGACCACACCCCUUUCCCCGCCACCCUCGCUCCUGUUGAGCCAAUCCCAAGUCACCUUGCUCCCUAAGGAAGACCUUGCCCCUCCCACUUUUCAACGGCGUUGGUGUGUAGAUGUUGUUAUUGCGAAAUUGUAAAGAAAAUAAUAAAUAAUGAAAAUGAUGAUUAUUAUGAAGAAGUAUGUUAAAAACAUUGGAAUGAGAGAGAAGAUGAUAUUAAAAGACUAUAAUUAUUAUGUGAGAACUGUACGGAAUGAUAAUAAUUGAACUUUGCAAUAAAGAAAAUGUUGAAUAUGAAA